UGUCCAUUUAGCAACCGGCUAUAACCGGUUUUGUAGGGUUACUUACAGGUUAAGCCGGUCACUUUCUUGGACAAUUCCCGCUAGGUAUAAAAAUCCCAAUCGAAAGUUUUUUUUCUGAUUAAUAAUUAGUCCCUAAAAUCUCUCUUGUAAGGAAAAGAAGAUCUGGUGAGUCAUUUGGUUGGUGAGGAUAGUAAUAUAAUCAGAUAAUUUGAUGUUUCUAGAUUGUUUUGGUGAAAUUCUGAGGGUUAUAUAAGAAGGCUUUAACUUAGUUCUGCACUCUAGAGCCUGAAAUAAAAAAAAGGGUUAAGCACUGGAGAGGUAUUUGGAUUCCAGCCGCCAGGGGAUUGUGCCUCCAAUGGCGCCUUCUCGGGUGCCUGGAGGGAUGGCACAUUCUUCUUCGAGUUCUGGUAUCUUUUUCCAAGGAGAUGGGCAGUCUCAAGUUGUGGGAAAUUCUCACUUGACUUCAUCUUUUGGGAAUUCAUCAAAUUCACUACCUGGAAAUGCACGGUCAAGCUUGGGUCCUCUUUCCGGGGAUGUCAGUAAUACAGUUUUAAAUAGUGUAGCAAACUCAGGUCCUAGUGUUGGGGCAAGUUCAUUGGUUACGGAUGCCAAUUCAGGACUUUCAGGGGGACCGAAUCUUCAGAGAAGUGCAAGCAUUAAUACGGAGUCCUACAUGCGGUUGCCUGCAUCACCUUUGUCUUUUUCUUCAAAUAACAUAAGUGUGUCUGGUUCCUCAGUCAUGGAUGGAUCCUCAGUGGCUCAGCAAAGCUCUAACCAAGAUCCGAACUCCCAACAACCUCAACAUAAUCAGCAGCGUCAUGGUGCUUCUAGUGCCACCUCUUUGCCCACAUCUAGAGUGGGGCAGGUUCAGCUGCCCAAUGGUCAAGGCCUUAGGGUUCCAGGAUCAUUCAUCCAGGAUCCUGUUGCUUUGUCACAUCUGCAAAAGAAACCGCGGCUAGACAUCAAGCAGGAAGAUAUUCUGCAGCAGCAAGUUCUGCAACAGUUGUUGCAAAGACAAGAUCCUGUGAACAUGCAAAACGCCAGUCCUCAGUUACAAGCCUUGGUUCAGCAGCAGAGGCUGAGGCAACAGCAGCAACAGCAACAUCAGUUGUUGCAGUAUCUGCCCCCGAUGCAGAGAGCCCAGUUACUGCAGCAACAGCAGCAGCUGCAGCUAAGGCAACAACUUCAGCAACAAAAUGUGCAGCCUGCAUCAGCGAUGAAGCGCCCCUCUGAUGGUGUCUUGUGUUCUAGACGGUUAAUGCAAUACUUGUAUCAUCAGCGGCAACGACCUCCUGAUAACUCCAUUGCCUAUUGGAGAAAGUUUGUGGCUGAGUAUUAUUCCCCACGGGCAAAGAAGAGAUGGUGCUUGUCAUUAUACGAGAAUGUUGGGCAUCAUUCACUGGGCGUGUUUCCACAGUCAACCAUGGAUGCAUGGCAUUGUGAUAUUUGUGGCUCAAAAUCGGGCAGGGGAUUUGAGGCAACUUUCGAAGUUCUUCCUAGGCUGAAUGAAAUCAAAUUUAGCAGUGGUGUCAUCGAUGAACUCUUGUUUUUGGAUUUCCCGCGCGAAUGCAGAUUCCCCUCAGGAUUAAUGAUGCUGGAAUAUGCAAAAGCAGUUCAGGAAAGUGUAUAUGAACAACUUCGUGUGGUUCGGGAGGGUCAACUCCGAAUCAUUUUUACCUCUGAUUUGAAGAUAUUGUCGUGGGAAUUUUGUGCUCGGCGCCAUGAGGAGCUUCUCCCUCGGAGAUUAGUUGCACCACAGGUAAAUCAAUUGUUGCAGGUUGCUCAGAAAUGCCAAAGUACAUUAACAGAAACUGGACCUGAUGGGGUUUCUCAGCAGGAUUUACAAGCAAACAGCAACUUGGUUGUCACGACUGGACGUCAACUUGCUAAGAGUAUGGAGUUGCAGUCACUUAAUGAUUUGGGAUUUUCCAAAAGAUACGUGAGAUGCUUACAGAUAGCUGAGGUGGUGAAUAGCAUGAAGGACUUGAUGGAUUUUUGCAGGGAGCAGAAAGCUGGUCCCAUUGAGGGCUUAAAGAAUUUUCCACGACAUUGUAAUGCAGCCAAAUUUCAGACGCAAAAUAUCCAGGAAACGGAGCAGCAGGCUGGUAGUGUUCAUGGUCUGCCAACUGAUCGCAGUGCGUUGAAUAAGCUCAUGUCACUGCACCCUGGCCUUAAUAGCCAAAUGAGCAAUAACCAGCACAUGGGUGGCCGGGGACCUUUAAGUGGCGCACAAGCUGCUCUUGCGCUGUCAAACUUCCAAAAUUCGCUUAUGAGGCAGAAUUCAAUGAAUUCAAACACAAACAUGCCCCAACAAGAUGCUUCCCACUCUCAAUCUUCACUGUUGCAAGGGCCAAAUGGUAUAUUGCCAGGGACAAUGCAGAACUUACCUGUCAGUGGGUUGUCAAGUACCAAUCUGCAGCAACAACAGCAGCGAUUACUGAGUAGCGGCUUACUCCAGCAAAAUCAAUCUCAAUCCUCGCAGGGAAGCCAGGCCCUGCAGCAGCAAAUGAUCCAGCAGCUCCUUCAGGACAUGAACAAUGGAGGUGGCAGUGCUUCGAGGGAAGGGCUUGCAUUUGGAAACAAUAGUUCUAUGGCUGCUGCAACACCUUCACAUGGGCCAGGAAGCAGUGUAGGACCAACACCGAGUAGAAGCAACAGUUUUAAAUCGGCAUCGAACUGUGAACCCUCUGCAUCGGCUGGCAAUGGUGGUUUCAGUCAAAAAGCUGCAGAUUUGCCCCCGAGUAUGCAUGUAUCAGAUGAGAUGGUCCCUGAUAUGUCGCAUGAAUUCAAUGAAAAUGGUUUUUUUAGCAGUGAUCUUGACAACAAUAUGAGUUAUGGAUGGAAGGCUUGACCAACAUGUGUUGCUCCUUUGGGGGUUUUGCUGAGAGAUAAGAAUACUGCUAUAUAUCUUUGUACAGGUUUGAUUGUGUUAGAUUUUGUUUUCCUUGUUGUGAUUCUCCCCUAUUUUCUAGUUUGAGGCUGUUGUGGUGUUAGGCACUUGCACUGUUUUAGGUAUUUAGCUCUACUUUCUUUGCUUUUCACACUCACUUGGUGUUUACACCUUCAAAGUCAUCCACAAGUGUAAUCUAUUGAAAUGGACUGGACAACGACAUUAUUAACUGUUUACUAAUCUUUCGUUCAGUUCAUUGUA